GCCUCGACCUGCCUUCUCCCACGGUCUGCUCAAAGCUGAGGAAAUAACUGCUUGACAAAAUGUGCAAAGGAUUAGCUGCCUUGCCACACACAUGUCUGGAGAGAGCAAAGGAGAUCAAGACGAAGUUGGGCACGCUUCUCCAGAAGCCUGACUCGGCUAUUGACCUGAUCAUCCCAUACCCAGAGAAGCCGGAGAAGCCAGCCAAGGCCCAGAAGACUUCACCAGAUGAGGCUUUGCAGUGGCAUGAGUCCCUGGAGAAGCUCCUGCAAAAUGCUUAUGGGCUUGCCAGCUUCAGGAGCUUCCUUAGAUCUGAGUUCAGUGAGGAGAACAUUGAGUUUUGGAUUGCCUGUGAAGAAUACAAGAAAAUCAAGUCCCCCACCAAGAUGGCCGAGAAGGCCAAGAAAAUUUAUGAGCAGUUCAUCCAGACAGAGGCACCUAAAGAGGUGAAUAUCGACCACUGCACCAAAGCUGCGACCAUGAAGAACUUGGUGGAGCCAUCAGUGAACAGCUUCGAUGAGGCUCAGAAGCGGAUCUUUGCCCUGAUGGAGAAGGACUCCCUGCCCAGAUUUGUGCGGUCAGAGUUUUAUCAAGAGUUAAUCAAGUAGCAAUGUAGCAAGCCUGUGCACUGCAUCCCUUGCUAAGCACUCAUUGUGAGCCAUGCCUCUUUCCAAAUCCCAUGUUUAGUCUGUAGCUGCUUUGCCUUAAAGAUACCAAACUGAGAAAGCACUCAACUGUAUUUCUAAACUCCUUCCACAUUGCUUUGGAAUCUCUCCUAUGUGCCAAGUGUCUCCUUUUCUACAGUAUCUUUCCCUGCUCCCUUCCCAAGAUCCCUGUUAUGAAAAAGCCCCAGUGAUUUUAUUCAUUGGUCUUAGACUGCAUUACUGAGAGUCAUCUCGGCAGCCAGUUGACAGCAAGCUUGUCAAGAGUAGUUUCAUGGAGGCUUGCAGGAACCUUUGCACUCAUCUGGUAUGCAGGGCUGUGACCUGUAGAGCUUAUAGGUCCUAGGUCUUGUCCACACUACAGAGUUUUGUCAACUAAAGUUAUGCUGACAUACAGCAACCACUUUAAUUAAACUGCUGUUGCAUGUCCAGACUAGCUCCUUGUGUUGGCAGAGCACAUCCACACUACCAGCUGUUGCAUCAACACACAGAGCAGUGCACUAUGAGUAGCUAUCCCACCAUGCAACUGGCCGCAGGGUGCUUUGGGAUGAGUUUGCAAUGCCUCAUGGGGCAGGCACAGCAUUACAUGAUGUAAGUUUCUCGUUCCAUGAGCAUUCUACUAGAUUGCCAGCUGCUUUUCAACUAAAGUGGGUGGGGGUGGGAGAGUGUG